AUGCCUACCUACGACGCGCUCAAGCUCCCUGCCCAUGUCGAGACGGUGCUCCUCACCGGCGCCGGCGGCUUCGUCGGCCGUGAAGUCACCAAGCUCAUGCUUGAGCUGUACCCCAAGCUCCGUAUCAUCACCACGGACGUGGUCGAGCCCCCGCGCUUUACGGACGACCCGCGUCUGCGUGUCGUCAAGGCCGACCUGGGCAAGCCCGAGGCGCUCAAGGAGCUGUUUGACGGCGAGAAGAUUGGUGGUGUGAUUGCUCUCCACGGCAUCAUGUCGGGUGGCGCCGAGGCCGACUUUGAGCUUGGCUGGGCUGUCAACGUCGACAGCCACAUUGCGCUCAUCAAGGCGGCCCACGCGCACAGCGACGCCGUGUGGAAGCCGCAGGGCAAGAAGAUGGUCUACGUCUUUAUCUCCAGUCUGGCCGUGUACGGUGGGCCCAAGGCGCGUCCUGAGGACCACGUUAUUCCUGCCGACACUCCCAUCAUCCCCGGUUCGUCUUACGGUGUCCAGAAGACCAUUGGCGAGUUCUACGCAUUCGACUAUGGCCGCAAGGGAUACCUCGACACCCGUUCCCUCCGUCUCCCCACGGUCGCCAUCCGUACCGGUGCUCCCUCCUCCGCCGCCUCGUCGUUCAUCUCAGGCCUCAUCCGUGAACCCCUCCAGGGUAUCGAGAGCGUGUGCCCCAUCGCCUCGGGACCCGAGGACCCCAUCCUCGACGACAUGAAGGUCUACCUCUCGCGCGCCAAGACGGUGUUCCGCAACAUUGUCUGGGGCCUGUGCAUGCCCGAGGAAAACUUCAAGUAUGGUAUCGGUAGCAGGAGUGUCAACAUUCCCGGCAUCACCGUGACUACGCGUCAGAUUAUCGAUGCUCUUGUCCAGCACGCCGGCCCAGAAGCCCUCAAGCUCGUGUCGUACAAGAAGGACCCGGCAGUCAUUGCCAUCUGUGAGACCUGGGCCGGCUCGUACGACAACACGGCCGAGCAGAAGCAGGGCUUUGAGGUCGACGACGCCAAGACGGGCUUUGCCAAUGCCGUGGGCGACUUCAAGGCCGAGCUCCAGGCGUCCAAGUAG